AUGGCAGACUCAUCUACAGAACCUCAAGCACCUGUUGCUGUAUUCAAGAAGAGAGGCGCAAAAGGCAAAGCAAAUAUUCGAAAACGACCUGCGACGCCACCUCCAGCCGAUAGCGACGACAGCGACUACUCAUCAUCAGAAGACGAAUCUGGACAGCGCGUUAAACGGCGCAAAAAGACCGCCACCGUUACAGCUUCUUCCAAAGAUCUGGCAUCGAGCAAGAAGGAUUUUUCAGCCACGGUUUACUCGGCGGAUCGUAAUGUACCAAUCACAAGUACAAAUGACGCGACGAAGCAUAGCAAUUGGUACGAUGAGGAGAAGGAUGAUCUCUCGGCAAAGAAUCUCUUAGGGUCAACAAGAGCUUCCGCGAAGGAUUCACAACCGGAUGGAACAUAUAAAGGGCUCGCGAACCAGACAUCAUUCAUUCAGAAAAACCCCGAUGCGCCCCAAAGAGCGAAGGGCCCUGUUAAGGCACCCACAAAUAUUCGAACCAUCACAGUCAUGGACUUCAAACCCGAUAUCUGCAAAGAUUACAAAAAAACCGGUCACUGUGGCUUUGGAGACAGUUGCAUAUUCCUCCACGAUCGAACAGACGUCAAACAAGGCUGGCAGCUCGACAAGGAGUGGGAGGAAGUCACAAAGGGCAAGAAGAACUUGGGCGGCACCAUCAUUGCGAGCGCCAACCGCGACAAAAAGGAGCAGGCCCCCGAGGACGAAGCAGAGAUAGCGAUGCUGGAGAAGAUCCCAUUCGCGUGCAUCAUCUGUGAGGGGCCCUACAGAGAGCCUAUUGUGACAAGAUGUGGGCAUUAUUUUUGCGAGCCGUGUGCUCUGAAGAGAUACAGAAAGGACCCGACUUGUGCAUCAUGUGGAGCUGGCACGAACGGAGUGUUCAACUCAGCCAAGAAGUUGAAGAAACUAUUAGAGAAGAAGAGGGAACGUGAAGAGAAGAAGAAAAAGGCAGAGGAAGAGGCUGACGAGGAAUGA